AUGGCGCCAGCGAGAAAAGGAAGAGGAAGACCAAGAAAAGUCGCAGAUUCAGGACAAACUAGUAGUGUCGGAACUGUCAUGCAAGCUUCCAAUCUUGAGCUCGACGAACUUUCCUCUCCUGCACCACCACCAGAAUCGAGUUCAAGAACUUCUAUGGUCAUUGCCGAUAGCGAUGAUGACGACUCCCUAUCAGAUCCUCCAUCCCCUUCCAUGAUUGGUGAAUACACAAAGGCGAAGAAGUCUCCAGAGAAAGAGAAAAGUAAAUCUGUGGGGUCCCUCGAAUCUCUGUCCUCCGCUUCUACAAGUAACGACUAUAAUGAGGCAAGUGACUACUCUACUCCAGAGACCAGUGGGGUCGCAACUCCGGCGUCUACAAAAAAUCCCCUCAUCUCUUCAACUACAACUACCUCUGCGAGAAGAGGUCGGGCUCAAACUGCGAACCCAAUGCAAAACACUUCUUCAGUAAGCGCAAUCGCCCGAGCUCGGGCACUUCAGAACAGCAUGUACUCCCUCAACCCCAUGAAGAAGAGAAAGUUUGUCGAAUCUGAGGAUGAAGAAAUGUUUGAUGACGAUACACCAGAUGCCCAGCUUGCUCGUGCUAUUCAAGAACAAGAAUUUGCGGCAUCAACCUCAUUAGUAGCUAAAUCUUCACCUGGAUUACGUAGAACUCCACGCAAAGUUCAACCUGUCAACUUGACUUUUGAUGCCGAGUUUAGCGAGGACGAUGAAGAUGAUUAUGUUAAUCCUAAGGCCUCGCGCGCAAAGAAGGCUAAGAUUGAACCAAAAGUUGAACUCUCAGGCACCUCAAAUGCUGUCAACUUUAGAACUCCAAACCGAGGAAAGGGCACCAGGUGUGAUGACUCGGAUGACUCGGAUGAUUUCGUUGCCAUUGAUUCGGAUUCGGAUAUUCCUGUCCCUCCAUCCUCUGCUCCACGAAGUUCGAUCAGAAAGGAACCAAGCCGAAUUUCAAAGGUUAUUCAGAAACACUCUCAAAAUUUCCAAAAUCGUCACAAGGCAGGACCAGCACAGAAGACCUCGAUCAAACAAGAAAUCGAGGCACCCACUCCUCGUCUAAAGGCUGAAGAUACCAGGGAAUCUAACGCUAGUUCUACUCUCACAGAUCUUUCUUCUUCUAUGUCAGAAGACGAUUCGUUUGUUUCAAAUGAUGACUCCAUGCUUGGAACUGAUACUUCUGACGAUGAAGGUCCGAUCGCUGCUAGGACUCAACCUGUAGCUCCUGAUGCGCGUAGUGCGCGUGCUGCGCGUCUACGUAUCAAUCAUCUAGAAGACAGAUCUAGCAGACGAGCCCGUAAGGAACGUGUGCGGCUGGAAACUCAUCAUCCUGAACUCCAUACGAUGUGGAAGGAAUUAGAAGAUCUACCCAAGAUUGGAGACUGUAAAAUUGAACAACCAACAAACAUCAAUCGUGAACUUAAGCCUUUCCAGCUUCAGGGUGUUGGAUGGAUGAGAGCAAUGGAAAAGACUGCUUGGGGUGGAGGUUUGUUGGGUGAUGAGAUGGGCAUGGGAAAGACGAUUCAAGCCGUCUCAUUGAUCAUGUCUGAUUUCCCUGCCAAGCAGCCAUCACUUGUUCUGAUUCCACCCGUCGCUCUCAUGCAAUGGCAGCAAGAGAUUGCCGAUUAUACACACGGCACCUUGAAAACCUUUGUCUUUCACGGCAGCAAUGCCAAAGCAAAAGGGAUCACUGUUCAACAAUUGAAAAAAUACAACGUCAUUCUUAUGUCAUACAACAGUUUGGAGUCCAUGUACCGAAAACAAGAGAAAGGUUUCAAGCGCAAGGAUGGAAUUUUUAAGGAGAAGAGUCCAAUUCAUCAAAUCAUGUUUCAUCGGGUUAUUCUUGAUGAAGCACACAGUAUUAAGCAACGCACUUCUGGUUCUGCUAAAGCAUGCUUUGCUCUCAAAGCGAGUCACAAAUGGUGUCUGUCUGGAACACCUCUGCAGAAUCGUAUUGGUGAAUUCUUCUCACUCGUACGAUUCCUCGAUAUUCGACCUUUUGCAUGUUAUUUUUGUAAACAAUGUCCUUGCUCGACCCUCGAAUGGGAUAUGAAUAGUGAAAAUCGCUGCACUGGCUGCAAUCAUAGUGGCAUGCAGCAUGUCUCCGUCUUCAACCAAGAGUUACUUAAUCCUAUCCAGAAAUUUGGUAAUAACGGUCCUGGAAAGGAGGCAUUUCGAAAGCUUCGUAUUUUGACUGAUAGAUUUAUGCUCCGUCGUGUCAAGCGAGAUCAUUCAUCUUCUAUGGAGCUUCCUGCGAAGGAGGUUUACGUCGACAGACAAUUCUUCGGCGAAGAGGAGAAUGAUUUUGCUGGUAGUAUCAUGAAUAAUGGUGCUCGAAAGUUCGAAACAUAUGUUGCUCAAGGUGUCUUGCUCAACAAUUACGCUAAUAUUUUUGGUCUUAUCAUGCAAAUGCGUCAAGUUGCUGAUCAUCCUGAUUUAAUUUUGAAGAAGAAUGGUGAAGGUGGUCAAAACAUUCUUGUUUGUUGCAUUUGUGACGAAACGGCAGAGGAAGCUAUCAAAUCUGCCUGUCGUCAUGAUUUCUGUCGAGAAUGUGCCAAGAACUAUUUGAGAUCUUCUGAAUCUCCCGAUUGCCCGCAAUGUCACAUUCCCUUGGCCAUCGACCUCGAACAACCUGAAAUUGAACAAGAUGAAGUACAAGUCAAAAAAUCUUCUAUCAUCAAUCGAAUCAAGAUGGAAAACUGGACUUCGUCGUCAAAGAUUGAAGCUUUGGUUCAUGAUCUUUAUCAACUUCGAUCCAAAAAUUCCUCGAGCAAAUCUAUUAUCUUCUCACAGUUCACUACCAUGCUCCAACUCGUCGAAUGGCGUCUUCGUCGUGCAGGUAUCACAACCGUCAUGCUUGAUGGUUCAAUGACACCUGCUCAACGUCAAGCUUCCAUUAAUCAUUUUAUGACCGAUGUCAAUGUAGAAUGUUUUCUCGUUUCCUUGAAGGCCGGUGGUGUCGCAUUGAAUCUCACUGAAGCCAAUAAAGUUUUUAUCGUGGAUCCAUGGUGGAAUCCAGCUGCGGAGUGGCAAAGUGCAGAUAGGUGUCACAGAAUUGGACAAGCUAGACCAUGUAGUAUCACCAGAUUGUGCAUUGAAGAUAGUGUUGAGAGUAGAAUGGUGUUAUUGCAAGAGAAGAAGGCAAACAUGAUUCACAGUACCAUUAAUGCUGAUGACAGUGCGAUGGAGAACCUAACGCCAGAGGAUAUGCAGUUUCUCUUUAGAGGAAACUAG